ACAACGUGCGAUCCAAUAUGCGUUUUCACCAGCACUCCAGUGGCAAUAUGGCGAAUAAACCAUUGGGUUCUUUUAUGAUGGUCUGCACACUACUGAUGCUUGGACUCAUUGCACUUGUUCCUUCAUUGUCUGUAUCGGCCACUGUCAUUGGUCUUGAUUACGGCACUGACUGGCUCAAAGUUGCCAUGGUUAAGCCCCGCGGUAUUCUGGAAACCGUAUUAAACAGAGAAUCCAAACGCAAGACUGCGACUGUCAUGAACAUACGCAAUGGUGUGAGAACGUAUGGCUCUGAAGCUGUUGCAUUGGGUAUGCGCUUUCCUGAAACCACUUACUCAAAUCUCAAGAGCUUAGUUGGCAAAAACUUCUCCCAUCCUAUAUGUGAAAAGCAUCGCAGUGUUUUCCCAAAUACCAUGAUUGCAGAUACAGAAAGGAAUACUAUUCGCUUCCAACAAACCGAUACGACGUAUUACUCCAACGAGGAGCUUACUGCCAUGAUAUUUGCUCAUGCAAAAUCACAGGCAAAGAUCUAUAGUGGUGUUGCUGUUUCGGGUGCUGUGAUUACUGUUCCUCCUUAUUUUAAUCAUUUCGAGCGUCAAGCCAUUUUGGAUGCCGCCAAUAUUGCUGAUCUCAAGGUAUUCCAACUCAUCAAUGAUGAAACUGCAGUUGCCAUCAACUACGCACUUGGCAAAAAAUUCCCUGAUCCAAAGUACCAUUUGUUUUAUGACAUGGGUGCUGGUAGCACAAUUGCGUCGGUUGUUUAUUUCAAAACUGGUACUGCAACCAGAUUUGGAAAAAAUCGUACUGUUUUGGAAGUAGAAGUCAAGGCUGUGAGUUAUGAUGAUACCCUAGGCGGUAAUAACAUCGAUACUCGACUACAACACUAUCUGGCCACCAUGUUUAAUUCAAAAAACUAUGAAACUUUCAAAGACAUAUCUGUCUAUGACAGUCCUCGCGCUCUUGCUCGUUUACUCAAAGAAGCCAACCGUGUCAAACACAUCCUUAGUGCCAAUCAGGAAUCUAUGACAUUUGUUGACUCGCUGUUCAAUGAUCAAGACUUCAAGGGAAAAGUAAAACGCACCGAGUUGCAGAUGCUUUGUUUUGACAUUUUGGAGCGUGUGCCUCAACCAUUGACUGAUGUACUUGCCAAAGCCCAGCUUUCUUUGGAUGAUAUUGAAUCGGUUGUGCUUGUUGGUGGUGGUGUGCGUGUUCCUGCUAUUCAGGCUGCUAUUGUUAAAGCUGUUGGAGAGGAAAAAAUUGCUCGUAAUCUGGAUGGUGACGAAGCUGCUGUGCACGGCGCCGUGUUUCAUGCUGCUGCAGUGAGUGCCCAAUUUCGUCUUGGAAUUGAGAUGAAGAUCAAGGACAUCAAUUCCAAACCCAUGCAUGUUAUGCAUACAUCCGAGCCUAAAGCAUCAAGCGGGACAUCAAUUGCUAUUGAUACUGAGCUGUUUAACGAAACAUCACUUUUGGGAUCCAAAAAAGUACUUGUAUUCAAACGAGUUACAGACUUUGAUUUAAAAAUAGUUUAUCCUGAAAGCAAAGGAGAGUAUGUUGAAAUUGCGCGUGUCGAGGUCAAGGGUCUCACUGCCGCCAUGAAAAAGUACAAGGAAAAGGCGAUUGAACCUCCAGUGGUAAAAGUCCAGUUUACUUUGAGUGAAUCUGGCACUUUACUUGUGACUGGAGCCCAAGCUGUAUUUGAUCUCAAUGCUGUCAUUAAAGAAAAGCCAUCUCUUAAGGAUAGCGUGCUCAACUUUUUAUCAGGAAACAAGGGAGAUACUGAAAAGCCAGUCGAUGAGCAAUCGAACAGCAAUGAGGCUUCUACAACUAAAACACCUGAACAUGACGGGGAAAAGAAAUCGGACAAGGCGGAAACCAAGACACCCGUUGAAGUGGGUGCCAAUGCAACCAAUGUGACUGCAGAAGCUAAAAAAUCCGUCAUUGAAAAAGUCAAACUGGAAUACGAGAUUAAAUGGCAAACCAUCCUUCCAUUGACCCAAGACCAAAAGAAACACUCCAAAUCUGUUCUUGCUGCCAUGGAUCUUGAAGAUCAAGCUCGUGAAGAACGCGAACUUGCCCGCAACAAUCUCGAGUCUUACCUUUACAAAUGCAAAGAGCUAAGCUGGGAGGAUGACACUGAGCAAUACGCCACUACAGAAGAAUUGACCGCUUUGAAAGAAGCCAUUUCUGUACAAAGCCAAUGGUUGGAUGAUAAUGCUGAAACUGCAAUUACUACAGAACUGACCGAUCGUUAUGCUCAGCUUAAAAAAGUGCGAUCCAAGAUUGUAUUCCGUCAAUCCCAAGCCAAAAAACGACCUGAUGCUAUUGCAGCUUACAAGGCCAAGGCUGAAAAGAGUAGUAAUAUGUAUAAUGUAUACUCUGCUGCCAAGAACACGGACGAUACUCCACUCUAUACAGAAGCAGAACUUGAUGGAUUCAAAAAGAUGAUAGACUCGGAGCAGGAAUGGUUUGAUAAGACGAAUAGCGAACAGGAGAAGCUUGCACUGAAUGUCGAUCCUGUACUCAAAGUCAAGGAUCUUGAAAUGCGCGGACAAACAUUUGACAUCAUGCUGACUAUGAUGAGUCCUGAAAUGCGACUUCGCAAAGCACCCAAGAAAACCAAGACCACAGUAACCAAAAGCACUACUUCCAAUGACGAAGGUGUGGAGGCUACAGAAACCACUGCCAGUGCGGACGAAUCUGACUCGAAUUCAACCGAGAAGCCACAUAUUGCUGUAGAUGAGACCAAUGAAAUAGCUGAGCCUGCUGAACCACUUGAAGAUAGUCCGUCCCGUGAGGAACUUUAAGGCAUUUGGCCUUUGUUAGGUUGCUGUACACGCAGCUUUAUAUCUCAAUAAAAGUGAUUUAUCAAAUGA